ACUGUUCUUCAGGGGAUUAUUUUGCUACCCCUCCGUGCCAUAUGCAUUGCAUUCAUUGUAUUGCUAGCGUGGCUCUUUGCAUCAAUUGCAACUUUCCGUCAUCCUGGAAAAAGAUCCAUGCCACUUAAAGGAUGGAGAAGGAGGAUGAUCCAGACUACCCUCUCAUGCCUAACUCGUACCUUGUUCUUCGUAAUGGGUUUCCAAGUUAAAGUAAAAGGAAAAGUAGCCAGCCUCCUGGAAGCCCCAAUCUUUGUUGCAGCUCCUCAUUCAAGCUUUUUUGAUGCCAUUAUUUCUGCCCUAACUGGAAUGCCAUCAGUAGUGUCCAGAGCAGAGAACCUGUCAACUCCAAUAUUUGGCACGAUUUUAAGUUCCCUUCAGCCUGUAUCAGUUUCUCGUCAAGACCCCGAUUCACGAAAGAAUACAGUCACCGAGAUAACCAAGCGGGCAUUAUCAAGAGGCCAGUGGCCACAGAUACUGAUUUUCCCAGAAGGCACCUGCACAAACCGAUCUUGCCUGAUCACAUUUAAACAAGGUGCCUUUGUGCCACAAGUCCCUGUACAACCUGUGUUGCUCCGAUACCCCAACAAGCUGGAUACUGUGACCUGGACAUGGCAGGGCUAUUCACUAAAAGAACUGUGCAUAAUGACCCUGUGUCAGCUCUUCACAAGAGUAGAAGUUGAGUUUCUGCCUGUUCAUGUUCCUACCGAGGAAGAAAAGAACAAUCCCAUUCUUUUUGCCAACAGAGUCCGACAAACCAUGGCAACUGCUUUGAAUGUGCCAGUCACUGACCACACUUUUGAAGAUUGCAGACUGAUGAUUUCUGCAGGACAGCUGACUUUACCCAUGGAAGCUGGGCUGGUGGAGUUCACCAAAAUUAGCAAGAAACUCAACCUAAAAUGGAAUCAUGUCAGAGAGCAGUUGGAUACCUUUGCUGCUAUUGCAAGUGCUUCCAAAGGGGGAAGAAUUGGAAUUGAGGAGUUUGCAGAGUACUUGAAGCUGCCUAUUUCAGAUGUUCUCAAAGAGCUGUUUCUACUCUUCGACAGGAAUGGAGAUGGCACCAUCGACUUCAGAGAAUAUGUCAUUGGUUUGUCUAUUCUUUGUAACCCGGCCAACACCGAAGAGACUAUUCGUAUGGCAUUUAAGCUCUUUGACAUGGAUGAGGAUGGCACUAUAACGGCCGAUGAGUUUGCCUGUAUCAUUCAGUCAGCUCUGGGGGUGCCUGAGCUUGAUGUUUCUAUGCUCUUUAAAGAAAUAGAUGCAGAUGAAACCGGGAAGCUGUCCUAUGAUGAGUUCAAGGACUUUGCACUCAAGCAUCCAGAAUAUGCCAAGUUGUUUACUACGUACCUAGAGCUACAGAGAUACCAGUUAGAUAUGUUGGAGGAGGAUGACAUUGAGUCACCUGAAGUCAAACACAGUCCAGUUAGAAAGAAUACAAUCCCAGUCUCAGAAACAACACCAAUUGCAAGAAAUAAAGUCUGUCCUGAAGGCAAUGAAGAGAAUAACUCAAGUACCUCUGACAAAAAGGAUGACUGA